UUCUUGAAUCUUGGUGAAGACAGGACAAAAUCCUGCUGGCGAUGUUGCGUCUCAAAAGUAACUAAUUACUUGGUGCUUCCUUCUUGUUACCGGUAGGCCCCAGCUCCCAAGGCUUCAAGCUGUGGAUCUAAACUUGUUGCUAAAACGGUCAUGGUUGCUGUUGUACUACGUUGGUAUAGUCAUACCAGGGAGGACGGUAUUUUGCUGAGGUUUGUGUGAAAUCAGCACAACUCAGUCGUCGAAUGGACGUGGAUCCCCAAGUGAUUGAAGUGUAGUGUUUUGGCAACCCGGUCCAGGUCUCUGGCUGAAAAUUACUCGUGAUUACCGGGAGUCCGCAGUAAGCUUCGCAACAGUCCAAAGUUGUCCAUGAUUACUAGCACGACUCUAUGAUUGAUGAUCUACGACAUUGUGUGUUGUAUGCUAGACUUGCAACACAAGAGUGUUACAGUGGGUGUGAGGCGUAUAUCUCCAUAUACAUGUAGCUGACUAUCCAGUGUUUCAAACAGCAUUGUAGCAUAGUUCAGUGCGACAACAACAGAGAGAGAGUGAGCGUAGAAAUAAGUGUACAGCUCACACCGUGCACAGAGCAACAUUGCCAGCAAGCAAGGUUUGGUCGGGAUUGACUUGGGAACAAGUGCAAUGAGCGAUCAGAGAGGUGAUUCGUCUCCUGAUAUGGAGUUGGUGGAGGAUGACAGUGAGGAAGAAGCUUCCACAAGUCCUGUACUGGAAUCGGGCAGCGCUGAUGAAGAUGAUGAGGGCUCACCGGAGAAAGUGGAUAAGCAGCUACCUGUGGACGAGGCGGAGAUGCGCUCAGCACUGCAGGUGCUUGAGGAGCGCUUUGCCGAUGGCUCAAUAUCCGGAAAGCAGCUUGCUUGUUUCAAGGAUUCCUUCACGCAGCUAGUCGAUGUUCUGAUGCGAACGAGGAAGUCUGAGCUGGAUCUUAUGGAGAAGGCGAAACAGCUGACACAUAACCUUACAUCUACAGAGGCACAGCUGUCUGGUGUUGAGUGCCUGCCUGCGGAGGACACAUCGGAGGCUGGGCAACUGCGUCAGCUCCUAUUAAAGCACCGAAAUACACUGAAGAUGACGGAGGAGCGGAUAGAAACGCUGGAGGAAAACAUGGAGAAGGAGAAAUUAGCUGUGGACGACAUGAGGAAAGAAGUGGAACGAAUGCCCGAUCCGCAGGAAGUGAGGGCUCGACGGAAUACGCUAACUCUGGAGACAAGUAGCCUGAAGACUGAGCUAGACAAGGAACGAGAGAGUGUUGCUACUCUCAGAGAGGAGUUGACCAAAAAUCAAAAGGCAAUCGAAACAUCCAGAGCAUCAGCGGAAAAAGCUCUCUAUUCUCAGGUUGAAGUCAAGGAUGCGCUAAUGAAAGCCCGCUCUGAACACACCAGUAUACAACGUCAGAUUGCAGCAUUGCAGAAAGAACAGAAGGAUUUGGAGAGAAGAUCGGAAGCAAUGCGAGGAGAGCAGAAAGAUGUGUUGGCCGAGAACUCCAAAUGGUCGGCCAAGCUGGACAAAAUCACUCGGCAGCAGGAGCACUUGCAGAAGUUACACAAGGAGAGCGGACAACACUUUGUCGAAUCUCAAAAGGAAUUUGAGAGAAUUGCAAAGGCACUGGAGACUGCCAAAGAAGAGGAGGUCAUCUUGACAGGCGAAAAGCUGACGCAUGACAUGAAUCUAAAGCAGAUCGAGGAGUCCAAGCAGCGCAUCUUUGAGGAGACUGCCCGCCUUGGCAAGGAAAAGGAAACGCAACUCAAGGCUUUGAAGCUGAGGCAUAUGCAGAGAAACAAUGGCCAAGAUGCACUCAAACUACUCUACACGGCCAAGAUGAAAGCAGUGCAGCAGGUACAAGAAGCCACGCAAGAGCUUGAGAAUCGAGCUCAGCAGUACCAGCGCCUGCAGAAAGAACAGAAGGCAGCGUUUGAUGCCGCCACAAAAGAAGGUUUGUUCAGUCAAGAACAGAAAGAGGAGGUGAGGAGGCUGCAGCAGAAGGAAGCUGCAAUGAAGGAUCUCCUGGAGAUGAUCAAGAAAGAUGUGCAGCAGACUAAUGCCAGGCAUACACAACUGGAAAAGGACCGUGAUGAGAGCAUUAGGUCUAUAGAAACGAGAAAUCUGAGGAUCAUGGGCAUGAGGAACCGGUUGGCUCUGUUGACUAGUGAGGUGAAGGACUUGGAGAAGUACUCGAGGAGAGCUGUGAAAAAGCACAAAGACUUCCGUUACCUUCAUGAUGCACUGAAGGCCGAGAGAGCCAAGCUGGCACAACUGACGGCGCUAUCCCAACGAAAAAGAGGUGAACUUCUGGACAAGGCCAGGCUGCACGUUGGUAUCCGAGAAGUCUUACAGACCGAGAUUGAGAACAAAAAUAGGUUGCUGCAGCAAUCCAGUCUGCAGUACAGCAGUGAUGUAAAUGCUCGCGAUGUCCUGAAACAAGACGUAUCCCAAGCGCGUACUAAGCUUCGGUUGGCAGUCAUGCGUUGUGAUGAGCAGACUGUUCAAAUAGGCAACACAUCACGGGCAUUGACAAGAGCUGAGAAUGAGAUGCGUUCAGUUCGAGACAAGUAUGAGGAUGCGUUGCAAAACAGAGACGACCGGGGCAUUUGCAUCGUUGCCGCCGACGAAGACUUGACAGUGUUCCUGCAGAAGCAGAACUUGCACGACAAAAUGACACGGGAGGCGAAUAUUGCCAUGAAUGAAAGAGAAGAGGAGAUUCGCUUUUUGAAAGUCGAGCUGGCUGAGGAGCAGCGGGCGCUGGCAGCCCUCAAAUCAACGGCGCCCAAUCGAAGGGAGCUAGAUGACGAGCUAGUCAUCAGCCAAAUCAAGCUGGCCCAACUCAGAGACGAAACGGCGCGGCUCGAGAAAACAGUACAGAGUGCUGACUGUGAGCGUGUUGUGCACCUUGGCGGGAAGGACCUGGAAAUGAGCACAUUGGUGGAGCGAGAGACGGAGCUGGAGUCCAUGGUGAGUGAAAGGGAGGCGCAGAAGCAAGAGAAAGCGCUCAUGCUAAUGGAGGUCAGUCGAAUGUCGUCGACACUCCAGAAGCGUGUGACGUUGACCAGCGAGGCAGCACUAGCCGAACACAACCAGCUGGUGCAACUCCGAGCCAAGCUGGAGAAAACCAAGCUAAAAAUGAUGGCCACCGUGGCAGAGAUUGCAGUGCAGGAAGCCGAGCUAAGGGCAGCACAGCAGGACAUUGCAGAGAAAGAAGCCGGUCUUGAGGAGGGCAUCAAUCGUCUCUCUCAGGGACUCGCUCCGAGUGCUGAAGCCGCCGAGGAGUGGAGACGGCAUUGUCGUUAUGAGGAGCAGCUGAGAAAACCCCAAUACACCGACACCGAGUAUGAAGAGCCUGCUGCUGCGGUACGCGUGCUUGCCAGUGGAGUGCACACGACAGCACCGGAGCGGAAGAAUGCCUACGUGCCAGCAGUCACCGAACAAACCCAGGGCAGCCUUGUGCCUAUCCCAUACUCCUCCCAGGGUGCGUUCGCCGAGCAGCCCAAGGGAGCUCAACUGCGCCAUUAUCGGAAACCUGUUGACAAACCAUUGGAAAUCUGAUGUUCUCUCAUUCCCUUCACUUCUUUAUACGAAAAGAAAUUUGCUAUCAAAAUCAGAACAUACUUUUCGUAUUAACAAUCUCCAACUUUACCAGCUAUUUUUCAGCAAUGGAUACAGCAAAAUAAUGGAUGGAACAAUGAUUAUGUCUCUAUUCAUGCAGUCUGCAAAAUAAAUCAGCCCAUUGAACUCAAUAGUAGAAUACAGUGAGACAUCCACACAAUAAUACUUUCAAGGGUGGUGUUGAGAAGAUGUAUGUUUUUAUAGAUGCAAACACGUGUAGAAGUCUUUUUUCCUAAAAUUUCUGCAACAAAUAUUUUAUUGUGAAUAGGAUAUCGUAUUGAGGAUGUUCUUCGUGUGAGCAAAACUGUUCAUGAACUAUA